CUGUCUCCAUUGCCCUCCCCUAUCCAAAUUUUCCAGCCAACAGCUAGAGCUGACUUCCGCAAUCCUGGUGGAAUAAAUCCAGCACCCCUAGUCAUCCGCCCACAUAAUCCACACUUCUCUGCUGAGACGAGCCCAGAGAACAGAUCCCCAUCAGCAGGAUGUGGGGGCUCAAGGUUCUACUACUGCUGCCUGUGGUGAGCUUUGCUCUAUACCCCGAGGAGCUACUGGACACCCACUGGGAGCUAUGGAAGAAGACCUACAGAAAGCAGUAUAACAGCAAGAUGGAUGAAAUCUCCCGGCGUUUAAUUUGGGAAAAAAACCUGAAGCAUAUUUCCAUCCAUAAUCUUGAGGCCUCUCUUGGUGUCCAUACUUAUGAACUGGCCAUGAACCACUUGGGGGACAUGACCAGUGAAGAAGUGGUUCAGAAGAUGACUGGACUCAAAGUACCCGCCUCUCAUUCCCGCAGUAAUGACACCCUCUAUAUCCCAGACUGGGAAGGCAGAGCCCCAGACUCUGUUGAUUAUCGGAAGAAGGGAUAUGUUACUCCUGUCAAAAACCAGGGUCAGUGUGGUUCCUGUUGGGCUUUUAGCUCUGUGGGUGCCCUGGAGGGCCAACUCAAGAAGAAAACUGGCAAACUCUUAAAUCUGAGUCCACAGAAUCUGGUGGAUUGUGUGUCUGAGAACGAUGGCUGUGGAGGGGGCUACAUGACCAAUGCCUUCCAGUAUGUGCAGAAGAACCGGGGCAUUGACUCUGAAGAUGCCUACCCAUACGUGGGACAGGAUGAAAGCUGUAUGUACAACCCAACAGGCAAGGCAGCUAAGUGCAGAGGGUACAGAGAGAUCCCUGAGGGAAAUGAAAAAGCCCUGAAGAGGGCAGUGGCCCGAGUGGGACCCGUCUCUGUGGCCAUUGAUGCAAGCCUGACCUCCUUCCAGUUUUACAGGAAAGGUGUGUAUUACGAUGAAAACUGCAAUAGCGAUAAUCUGAACCAUGCGGUUUUGGCAGUGGGAUACGGGAUCCAGAAGGGAAACAAGCACUGGAUAAUUAAAAACAGCUGGGGAGAAAACUGGGGAAACAAAGGCUAUAUCCUCAUGGCCCGGAAUAAGAACAAUGCUUGUGGCAUUGCCAACCUGGCCAGCUUCCCCAAGAUGUGACUUCAGCCAGCCAACCCCAUCCUGCUCUUCCAUUCCUUCCACAAUGGUGCAACAUACUGGUAUACCUUGGAAGGGAAUUGAUGUGCCUUUCUUGAAGCAGAUGUAAUGAUAUCAGAGAUUGUCCAUUCAGUUUGCCUAUUUGUUUGUGAUUCAAGUGACACUUCUACUACUUUUCUUCUCUCCACCCAAGGUCUUUAUUUUUUCAUUAGGAACAGAAAAUUUCCCUAACAGGUAUACAUUCUUAGGCUAAGAGAUGUGACCACAGCCUGCCCUGUGUUGUCCUGGGGCUGAUGCUGUGUAAGUAAUGGCUAGAGAUUUUCAGAUAGGUUAGAUUCUCAUUCACAAGGACUACUUAGCUUUAACCACUCUAGAGGACUAAGGUGACUUGGCUUCUUAGUCUCCAUGUUUACUUCUAUAUCUUCAAGGUGUAAAUUCUACCCCAUUAAUAAAUCUAUUCAUAAAUCUUUGGCAGAAGUUUACAUGAUACAACAAACGUGUUUUCUUUUUCCUUCUUUGCAUUUAUAAAGUAAACUGUAUUUAUCACUUAUCUAUAUUUAAUAAAUAGCUAUUUAGUAAACAUUCAUUUUGUGUCAGAUACUGUGCUAGGUGCUGGAGACAAAAAGAUGAACAAAACAUAUUCUUUAUAUUUGAUGUGCUCACAGUUUGGAGAUUCUGUUGCAUAAACAAUUCAUCCUAAUUCAUUUAUUUGUUCAUUCCUUCAAUCAACAUUUUUUAAGUACUUACUAACUGUUAAGAAUUGUACUAAGUUUCAGGGAUUAAAUGGAUAUAAAAAGAUUUCAAUAUGUAAUUCUAUCUCUGUGGGGACCAGAUUAAGUGACACAUGAACCUUGGUCUUGAAAAAUAUCUUAAGGGCCUUUCUGAGGUUAUUGAACUUAAAAUUUUGCUGUCACCAAAAGAGGAAAUUGAAACUCUGUAAUGUUUCCUAAGCAGUAUCAAUUCUAAAAGAAUUUAGCUGUCUGGUAAUGCAUCAGCACAACUGGUUCUGCCAUUUUUCACGAAAUGUUUAUUGAGCGUCUCUUACCACUAGAAAGAGUUCAUAUUUAUUGACUGCUUACCAGAUGUGUCAGGCACUACUUUAUUUCAUGCUGUGCAAAAAUUAUCUAUUUUUGUGUGUCAGUAUUUAUUUCCAUGUGGUAAGCAGAUGAUGGGAUUGACAUAUAAACACUAUUGAUACUAUGUAUAAAAUAGAUAACGAAUGAGAACCGACUGUAUAGAACAGGAAACUCUACGCAGUGCUCUGUGGUGACCUAAAUGGGAAGGAAAUCCAAAAAAGAGGGGAUAUAUGUGUACGUAUAGCUGAUUCACUUUGCUGUACAGUAGAAACUAACACAACAUUGUAAAGCAACCAUACUCCAAUAAAAAUUUAAAAAAAAAAAAAAAGCUACCAGGAUGAUACAAAUUAGUAAGACAUGGCCCUGACUUCUAUGAAUGUUAUAGACUAGUGACAGACAUAUAAACAGCUGAUAUCAAUAAUAUUAAUAAUACCCAUCAUCAUAAAAUAAAUAUGAAUUAUGGAAGCUCUGAAAUGAGUCAUUAAUUCUUAAUCGAUUUUAGAUACGGUUUCAUUGAAAACAGAACUUUGAAAAGUCUGAAUGGGCAGAGAAGACAAGGGAUUGGGGUGGAUGAGGGAUUGCAGAGAUUUGGGGGUGGGGGUGAGGAGUAGGGUUAGGGGAGGGAGGGCAGCAUAUCAGCCUGAAGGUUCUGGGUGAACAAAGGCACCAAGAGCUGUGUGUAUGAAUGGUAAGGGCUCAGUGGCUCUAAGUAUAGAGUGCAAACGCAUAUACAUGGUAGAGCUGAGGAGAGAAAGUAGGUUGGAGGUGAGUCCUAAGGCCUUGACAGCCUCCAUGUCCCAGGAAGUUCAUACUUUAUUUUAUUGAUUGAUUGAUUGGCUGUGUUGGGGCUUCAUUGCUGCGUGCAGGCUUUUUCUAGUUGUAGCGAGUGGGAGCUACUCUUUGAUGCAGUGCGCAAGCUUCUCAUUGUUCUCUUGUUGGGGUGUUUAAUAUGGGCUCUAGGCUCAUGGGCUUCAGUAGUUGCAGCACAGGGGCUCAGUAGUUGUGGCACACGGGCUUAGUUGCUGUGUGGCAUGUGGGAUCUUCCAAGACCAGGGCUCAAACCCAUGUCCCCUGCAUUAGCAGACAGAUUCUUAACCACUGCACCACCAGGGAAGUCCCCAUACUUUAUAGACACUCAGGCAUUUAGUAGGCUUCAAAUAUUUUUUAGUAGGAGAAAGACACUAUCAGGUAUACAUUUUAGCAGUACUCCUCUGGCAGUGGUGUAAAGAACAGAUAACAGAUGAAGAACAAAAUGGAGAUGCAAGAAAUUGGAAAGUCAACAAUUAGGAGACACUGUACACACUCUAUUUCUUAUCAAAGUAAGCAUGCUUAGCGGAAGAAUGACUCCUGAACUUUUUUGAAGCCUGGGUAUGAGUUUGGCAGAUUGGGAGAUAUAAAAUGGCAUUCACACCCAAAGAAUAGUACACUGAAAUGUUUAGGCAUGAGAGAGCACAUUCAGUAAUCUGCGAGUAGUUUUUGUUGAUCUUUGUAAAGACCAAAGACAAGCUUGAGGGAUGUCUGACUCCCCACUAGGCAAACCUACACACUUCUAAUAUUUUUAUUGAUUGAUUGAUUGAUUGAUUGGUUUUUCUGCCUAGAGAACAUCCCUUAGAAUUUCCAUUUGUAUGGAUAUGUGGGCAACAAAUUUCAUUCCUGUAUGUAUUUGGGUUUAUUUCUAGAUUUUCUAUUCUGGUACAUUAAUAUGUAUAUCUGUACUUGACCAGUAUCACACGUUUAUAAUGUUUUAAUUUCUAGCCGGGUUAGUCUUCCCCUUAUUACUCUCCUUUUCUAGAUUUUUUCCUGAAGAUUCUUGCUUUUUGUUUUUUCAAUGUGAUCUAUACCAUUAGCUUGUCAAGUUAUCUAAAUUCUGCUGGUAUUUUUAUUUGGAUGACAUUAAAUUUAUAAAUUUAAUUAGGGAAAAUUGACCUCCUUAUACUAUUGAAUCUUUCUAUCUAAGAAUAAGAGGUGCUUUCAUAUUUUGUCAGGUAUUCCUUUGAGCCCUUCUUACAGAUAUUGCCCGUUUCUUGCUAACCUCUUUUCUAGGGAGUUUAUCUUUUAUUAUUAUUUUUGCAGUUUAAAUAGGGUUUUUUCCGGGCUUGCUAGGUGGCGCAAUGGUUAAGAAUCUGCCUGCCAAUGCAGAGGACACAGGUUUCGAUCCCUGCUCCAGGAAGAUCCCACAUGUCGCGGAAAAACUAAGCCCAUGCGCCAAAAAAAUAAAAGUAAAUACGGUCUUUUCCAAUAUAAUUUCUAAUUGGAUGUAUAUUUGAAAGCUAUUGAUUUCUAUUAUAUUAGUUUUUGUACUCAGCUACCUUACCUUGAAUUCUCUCUUUAAAAAAAAAAAAAAAGUAUUUAUUUAUUUAUUUGGCUGCACUGGGUCUUAGUUGCAGCAUGUGGGAUCUUCAUUGCUGCAUGUGGGAUCUUCACUGUGGGGUACAGAAUCUUUAGUUCCGGUAUGCAGGAUCUAGUUCCCUGAGUAGGAAUUGAACCUGGGCCCCCUGCAUUAGGAGCUCAGGGUCUUAAGUGCUGGACCACUAGGGAAGUCCCUUGAAUUCUCUUUUGGUUUAUACAUUUUUCAGUUGAUUCUUGUGAUUUUGGGUGGGUUUUGUUGUUGUUGUUUGUUUAUUUUUUUGAGUAUGUAAGCAUAUCAUCCGCAGAGGUAAAUUUUACCUUUUUCUUUCUGAUUUUUACCUCUAAUUUCUUUCUUGUCUGUUUGCAUUAGGUAAUAUCUCCAAAAUGAUGUUAAGCGAUAGAAUUGAUAGGUCUUGACUUAGAAACAUGAUUAUUUUUAUAGAUGCAUGAAAUUCCUUUAUAAAAAUGUAUGUAAUUUAUUUAACUAAACUCCAAUAAAUGAACAUUUGUAUUGUUUCCAGUGUUCUCAGUUACAAAUCAUACUGUAAUUAAUGAUUGAUAUUUUGACAAAGAAGUUUUAAAAUUAUUGUAAAUCAAAUCUGUUGUUACAUAUCUUUUACUUCUUUCAUAAUGACAAUAUUAGCUAACAUUUACUGAGCUUAACUAUGCAGCUCAUACUGUGUUAAAUGCUUUACAUACUCUUAUUAUUGCCAUUUUACAGAUAUCAAAUAGCUUCCUUAAGGUGACCUAGCUAGUCAGUGACUGAGCCAGGAUGUAGACCAGGUCUUUUUGUUUUUCUAUCUCCUUUUAUAUAUUUUAUUAUUUAUUUUUAUUUUUAACUUUGUUAUAGAAUAUUUUUUAACAUAUAUACAAAAGGAGAGAGAGAGAGUAGUAGAGUGAAGCCCCACAUACCCAUCAUCCAGUGUCAACAAUUACCAACAUUUUCCAAUCUUGUUUCAUCUAUUCCUCCUCAUUUUUUUCAGCAUUUUAAAGCAAAUCUCAGAUAUCACUUUACUUAUAAACACCUCAUUAUAUAUCUCUGAGAAAUUUCUUAAUACAACCACCAUGCCAUUAGCACAUCCAAAAAAAUUAAUCAUUAUUUCUUAAUAUCAUUUAAUAUUUAGUCCAUUUAAAAACCUCUCCAGGGACUUCCCUGGUGGUCCAGCAGUUUAGAAUCCACCUUCCCCUAGAGACUCAUACAAAGUGAAGUAAGUCAGAAAGACAAAAACAAAUACUGUAUGCUAACACAUAUAUAUGGAAUCUAGAAAAAUGGUACUGAUGAACAUAGUGGCAGAGCAGGAAUAAAGAUGCCGUCGUAGAGAACGGACUGGAGGACACUGGGGGCAAGGGGAGGCUGGGACGUAGUGAGAGAGUAGCACUGACAUAUAUACACUACCAAAUGUAAAAUAGCUAGCUAGUGAGAAGUUGCUGCAUACACAGGGAGAUAAGCUUGGUCCUUUGUGAUGACCUAGAGGAGUGGAAUAGGGAAGGUGGAAGGGGGGCUCAAGACGGAGGAGAUAUGGUGAUAUAUGUAUACAUAUAGCUGAUUCACUUUGUUGUAUAGCAGAAACUAGCACAGCAUUGUAAAACAAUUAUACUCCAAUAAAGAUGUAUUAAAAAAAAAAAAGAAUCCACCUCCCAAUGCAGGGGACAUGGGGUUCAAUCCCUGGUGGAGGAACUAAGAUCUUACAUGCUGAGGGGCUACAACUAAGCCCGAGUGCCACAACUACUGAGGCUGCAAACUGCAUCUACUGAGCCCGUGCACUCUGGAGCCUGCACGCCACAACUAAGACCUGAUGCAGCCAAAUAAAUAAAAUAACAACAACGACAACAACAAAAACCUCUCCAAUUGUUUAAAGGUGUCUUUUUUAUUGUUAGUUUACUCAAAUUAGUAUCCAAAUAGUUUUACGAAUUGCAUUUAGUUGUUGAGUGCUGUAUUCUUUGACAGUCACCUCCUCACCCUGCACUGCCUCCAAACACACAUACUUUUUUUUCCCUUGUAAUUGAUUUCAUGGAGAAGCCAGGUCAUUUAUCCAGUAGAAUAUCUCAUACUCUGGAUUUGGCUGAUUGCUUGCUCUUUCUGAAUCCAAGGUCCUAGUGCUCUUAGCUACUGCAAUACACUCUAUUUCUCAUUAUCCUUCAUAGAUGUAGUGAGAAGGAAAUGGAAACUUACAAGUGACAGUCCAUUAACUUUUCGUGACACAGGUAUUAUAAUACUCCUGAGCAGUUCUAUUUUUUUACAGUACAUAUCCUUUUUACUGAACUAUCAGGCUCUAAUGCCCUUGAAAAGCCUUUAUGAGUCAUUGACAGCCUUCAUAAUAUUUAUAAACUAAGUUUGUCCAUGGACUUCACAAAUCUAAUUCUUCACCUCUGGGCAUUUAUAAUCUAAGGUUUCCUUUCCUGUUUCGACUUACAGAAAAACACAAAAGGUAAAAGUUGUGAGUUGAGUUUUAUUCAGGGACCUUACUGAGGACUAUAACCUGGGAAACAGCUUCUCAGGCGCUCUGAGGGGACUGCUCCAAAGAGGCAGGGGGAGGAGCCAAUAUGUAUAUGAAUUCUUUUGGGCUGGGAAAUACAUGUAGUCAAGCAUACAUCUUGGUAAAAGAUUACUGGUAAUCACAAAGAACGUAUAUCUCAAGUUAAUGAUUUCAGUGCUUUUCUAUAUAUAUAAGAAUCUGGGGACAUUGAAAUUCUUCCUUAGGUAUGCAUCCUAACUAUCUAUUAAGCACAGAAUGUUUCAUCCUAUUUUUUCCAUCCUGAAUUCCCCUCAGGGAGCACUGUUGGUGUGAGGACCACUGCACUGGGUUGCAAAUUAACCCUCUGUGUAAUGGAAUGAUGAGUGACAUUGUUUGUUCUUUUUGUUUACACCUGAAACUCAUAUAUGUGGGAUUUAAGAGAGUAAAGAUGCUAUGCUUUUGCAGAUGACAAGAUCUUACAUGUAGAAAAUUCUAAGGAAUUAAUUGAAAAUUUUUUAGAACUAAUAAGUGAGCAGAGCAAAGUUGCAGGGUACAAGAUCAAUAUACGAAAAUCAAUUUGAUCUCUAUACAGUAGCAGUGAACAAACUGAAAAUGAAAUUAAGACAAUUCCAUUUAUUAUCGCAUCAAAAAGAAUAAAAUAGGAACAAAUUUAAAGAAGUGCAAAAAACUUCAGUUAUAAGAUAAAUGUCAAGGGGAUGUAAUGUAUAGUGUGACAACUAUAGUUAAUAAUACUGUAUUGCAUGUUUGGAAACUGCUAAGAGAGUAGAUCUUAAAAAUUUUAUCACUAGAAAAAGAUCUGUAACUAUGUAUGGUGAUGGAUGUUAACUACACUUAUUGUGGUGAUCAUUUUGCAACACAUACAAAUGUUGAACCAUUAUGUUGUACACCUGAAACUAAUAUAAUGUUGUAUGUCAAUUAUACCUCAAUAAAAAAAUAAAGAAAAAAAGAAGUGCAAAACUUACACGCUGAAAACUAUGAAAUGCUGUUGGAAAGAAAUGCAGAAGACCUAAAUAAAUGCAAAGACGUUGCAUAUUCA